AUGAGUAACCUUAGUUCUUUUUUACAAUCAUCUUAUGCUAGCUGUUCGGUUUGCUCCUUGAACACGAAUAAUGGGUGGAGCCGUUCUGGUCUGAGCGCGAGCAAGAAUGGUGUCCAUCCUCGUUCUAUCGAGGCAUUACCAUCACCAUCACAGGCGGCCUCGAUAACUGCGGAACAGGCAGUUCGCGUUCGUCACAAAAGCGUUACAUUUUACGUGGAACAAGAUCAAAUGAAUUUACCCGAUGUCAAUCAAUCAAGGGCACGGAGCACACAGCUUCUUAUCUCCGGUGAUCCGCAACGUCACUCCACAAAUCCCAGUAACCUUGGUUUACCCUCUACUUCGCCCGCCUCGUCGGAAGAUAGUGGAUUUCAUCACGCUCCGUCCAGUUCCCAGGGGCUCUCUCCCCCUGGCCCAUUUUCGUCUCCAUCUUGGUCAGUGCAAGGUUGUGAGAACGGAUGGAAAACUUUUGCCGGUCAAUUUAUUGCUAUCAAUGCAUUUCUCCAAAGUUGCAGAUGUAUGAAAGCAGCUUCCGGACCGUCGCCAUGGACGCAUUUGGGGGACGGCUGUUUGGAUCUGAUCCUAGUCAACAAAUGCACUCGGAAACAGUUUUUGCAAUUUCUUGUUCGAACAGCUAAUAUUUCUAUUCAGCCAUCCAAUGAUGACCAUGGUCCUCAGCAGUGUAGCCCGUUUGACUUACCGUUUGUUCGAGUCGAACGGGUUUGUGCGUUCGAAUUCAAGGGCGUAUCUUCCUUAGGUCAGUUUCCUUUAUCCGCCUCUUGUGACUCAUUCAGUGAGUUGAAUGGGACCCCGGAUGAGGAUGAUCCAUACAUAUCAGACCAUGCAUCGUGCGGUUGUUCGUCAACUUGUUGUCACAGGCCACGUCUACGCCAGAGAGCAAGUGGACCGGAAUCAGUGUGGUGUGCCGACGGAGAAAUCGUGCCUCAUACGAAUGUGGGUGUCUUUGUCCAUCGACAUCUUAUUCGGCUGUUUGCUAGAGGGCCUGAGCCACUCUGCCUCAACGCUUUGGAUAAUCCGGUGCUCAAGGAAUUCUCUCAGUCCGAUCAGCUCUUCAAUUUGAUUGCAUCGACAUUUCUGUUGUCUACCGACCAUGUCACACAGCCGGCAGUCUCUACAACGACUUUCGACCCCUGAUAUUGACAACUGCGAACUUCAGUGUGUUUUUUAUUCAUUUUCAAUUUACUCUCCCAAUUUCCCUGUAGCAUAUCUUCUCUACGUGAUACCUGUGACUGCUAUCCCUAAACAGCGAAAUGAAUAUCUAUUCAAUUCAUCUGUUUCAAUGUAUCCAUUCUUUCCAUUUCAUUUGUCGGUGUAUCGUCACCAUAGGGACCAGCUAAUUACUACUUUUCCUUCUGUCGAUUGGUCAAUCUCUUGCCUCGCGAUUGUUGUAUACCUUAUUCACUGAACAAUGUGGGUUUUCCUUCAAAUUUCUGAUUUUGCCCGUAUUUGUAUUUUCCUUGGAACACUGUAAGGGUUCAACACUCAGACACAUCCCAACAUAUCGAUUUUUAACGGUUUUCAAUUUGUUACCAACUCGUUUCACUCACUUCUGCUUUUUUUGAGACCGCGUUUAGCGUGCCGUCUAUCAGUGACGCAGCGCAGCCGUUCUUCUCUUCGACUGAUCUGAGCGGGAAGGAGACGGCGGUAACCAACCUGCUGAAGCCUUAUUUAAGUUCGUGUCUUCGCCUUCGACUACAUGUACUGUGAAUGGUUUUUCUUCUGACUGAUUUUCC